ACCAACAAGCAAUUUCGAGAGAUUUACCCCGAUGGCGUUAUAUGCACUGAAUGGCCCACUACAAAGAGGGCAGUCGCCAGGUUAUUGUGCUGAACAUGACAGCACUGAGAGUGUAACAACAGUUUCAAAAUCUGCAACGGGAUUCACUUCAAUCCAGAAGGCAAGCGGCUUUGAAGAUCAUGCUACAUGUACAUAGAAAUUCCCACAGCCAUUAGCGUUCGAUUGCGUAAAACGGUCCUCGUUGCAUCAUAAGAGUGUCCACUGAAUGAUUUACAAACCAAGGUCACCAGUUUGAUCUUGUACAAGCAGGCAACAUGAGUGGUUUAAACAGAAAGGAAGACUUCGCCAAUGUCCAUCCAGAAGUUGCCAGGAAAGCCUUCCGUGCGGGAAAAGGCUUCGUUACUUCGGGCGUUUGCAUUGGUUAUCUACAAGCAAAUAUAGUGAUCGUACACAAGUCUCUAGCUGAUGACUUCGCUGGGUUUUGUGCGGCAAACUCCGGUCCAUUGCCGAUGUUGUACCGGUCAGAGGUCGGGCAGCUCACGGCCCCCGCCAUCACUCAAACAGACACCGAUAUCAGCACGGACCUGCCAGCCUACUACGUAUUUGAAGAUGGUAAAAUAUCCGGCACAAUACAGGACCUUAACGCCUACCGUGACGUCAUUCAUGACUACGUCACAUUCUACCAAGGGUGUAGUUUCUCGUUUGAGGGGGCUCUCCUGGCAGCCGGCGUCCCAGUGCGUAACAUUGAACAAAACUCAGACACCAGUGCGUAUAGGCUGAACGUCACGUGUCACCCUGUUGGUCCAUUCAGCGCCCAGAUGAUAACAUCAAUGCGGCCCAUACCUCGUGCGCAGGUGCAGACCGCGUUCCGAGCCACGCACCCCUUCACCUCUGCACAUGGUGCACCCGUGCACAUGGGCAAUCCAGAGCUGGUAGGUGUAUAUGACUUGUCGAAGACGGAUUACCUGGUGCCAGUGAAGUUUCAUGAAGGGGAUGUUCCGGUAUUCUGGGCUUGUGGCAUCACUGGACCGGAGUCCCUCCAAUCCCUCCGAAACCCGGCGCCCGUGGCAUUCAGUGACGCGGUUGGUCUCUACAUCUCAGAUACACCAGUCGCCAGCACCAUCAGUAGUAAAGAUGACUCCCCAGCCUGCUUACCAAUAGUCGUACCCCUCUGUGACGAGCCCUACUGGGCUAGUGUUACAAGCGAGGGAAUGGUGCUAAAAAUCAACAAGUUAGAAGGUCUUAUUGCUACCAACUCCUCCGGAAACAAUGAUCUCCUGAAGUCAUCUCUUGCCGUCUCCCAUGCAUCAUCCGUUGCCAUAACAACCAUGAGUACCAUGGACGAUGACACGACCUCUGGUGUCAUUGCCUUGACAAGAAUGCUCCGAGCUCUCGGGAAAAGAGUGGAUUUAUUGGCCACCCAGACACUAUACAAUGAACAGGCCAAGAUUGUGGAAGGACUGGUAGAGAAAAAUAUCUUAGAUGAGGGCGUGUCUGUGGCACACUUCCCCCCGGAGGGGGAAGACGACACUCUUGAAACAGCCAAAAAUUUCCUCUUGCAGACUGGUGCCAAACACAGCCAACGCUAUGACCAUCUCAUAGCUAUUGAUAUGGCUGGAAAAGAUGUGAACCAGACGGGGUGUUUGCAAAGCACUGAAAUGCUGUUUCGGGCUGCUAAAGACAAGUCAACUGUCCUCACUACGGUUAUCAGCAAUGUUAAAGAAUCGACUGAUCUGUACUCACGGGAAGCAUCAAUCUGUGAUUUUCGCAUCCAGACGACUGGAACGGCUGGAUGGGGAGGCUACGCCUUGGCAAGCGCCCUCUAUCUACUCCGUGUGUGCCCAAUCCAUGAUCGGUACAGAAGACGCGCAAUCGGAUUCCCGCCGACCGAGAAGGAUCUGCAAAUGUUUCAGACUGCACUGCCGGACAUUGAAAAGGAACAUCAAGUCUCUCACAUUAUUAAAAACAUCAAGACGAAUGGAGCGAGCGAACGGGAUGCCAGUAGUGUGUCAUUUUGGGAAAUCAACAAGAACAAGCUCAAGCAACUUCUCAACAUUAUCAACUGACGACGUCUAUAAUAAUGCUCUGGUGAUUCUGUUCAGCAGAGUGUGGGUUCGAUCCCGUUCGCGAUACGUGUGUAUCUUAACCAUAAGAAUCUCUCCACCCAUGGGUAAAUGGGUACCUGUGAAGUCAGAGAUGGUUCUUGAGAUUGAUUUAGCCGAGUAGCGCAUAUUAUUGUUGCAUAGGCUGCAUACUUAUAAUCUUAACAUUGUGUAGCCCCUCAAAAUCUUUUGAAUGAUAACGUUUUGGGGGUCGUUGAAAAUUGAAAAAUAAAUAAGUCCUUUAGGUGUCUGAAAAUAUAUAUGAUUGUUUUCAAGAGGCUGAGAGACUAACAAAAAGAACUUGUGAAUCUUGAAUAUUAAACAAUUUUGAUCACUGGUCACUAUGGAAUUUUGUAUUAGUUUUUGGCAACUAUGUUUUGUAUUAAUAUUGCCGGUAGAGAGCGCAACAUCGACUGUUUAAGAGCAUGACUCGGACGACUGGAGCAAGUCUACACAUCAAGAUCCAGAUGUUUGUGUGAUACAAAUAUCUCUGCUCUAAUAAUUCGUUUUGCGGACAGUGUUUAUGUUGCGAUAUGGGCAACUACCUUGAUAAAAUUAAUGUAUUUUUUUUGUUGGACCGUUUUUUAAUACCAACAUUGGUACUGAGACAGGACAUUUUAAAACCCGAGCCGAGUCUUAUAAGUUUGCAAUACACACAAAACAAGAUUACAUUCUACAAAACUUUAUCACAUUUCAGUACUUCAUGCACGUGGUUUAUUUCAGUAUUAACAAACAAUCAUUAUUUAGGUGUUGAAAUUAAUUUAACCCUCCUACUCUUAGUGCCAUUUUCCAGUGGGAAUUUAUUCAACAACAGAGCUUUAGUACAGUGACACCGCUGAGCGAAAACAUGAAUGUGUAUAUAAUUUAAUUACACAAUGUGUCAUAACUGGAGGCUGGCAUCGGUUUUAGUAUCAGUCAGAAACCACACUGGGUUAUACUGAAUGGUCUAAUAGUAGAAAGGUUAACAUUGUAACCAGUCAAUUAUAUCAAUUAAACUACAAUUGGUCUUUAUAUAAAAUGCAAAUUUGUAUGUGUCACGCAUCAAAUCCAUUUUUUUUUUCAAAUCAGCACAAAGUCUUUGGAUUUCUUUUGUUUUAUGUAUUUGAUCAAGCAAAGCUUUACACAAAAUUUACUUUGUUUAUAAGAGCAAACUUUUAAAAUAAUAAAAUCUGUAGAAAGCCGAUAAUAGGGUUCAAGUAACUUGAUUUGAUAAAUGUAUUCCAUUAUGAACCAACUUUUUAGCCAAUCUGUGAUCUUAAUGUGUCUAUGUACUUUUUGUAGGACCAAAAACACAAUGUCCACAGAUUUACAUUUAACUUUCACAGUG